CAAUCGUCUGGUGUGUUAGAACUUAGUAGUGUCGCGGAAGGCGGUUUAUUUUAGUUUUAUUUACUCGUUUCAUUUUUAUUUUUACUUGUUGUUCAUCUAGAAAUGACAACAAAAACUACAUAUUAUCGAAUAUUUGAAGCUGAUUUUUUUGGAGAGAGGCAUUUAAGAAGAUUCUUCAAAAUGCCUGUUUUUCACACCAAGACAAUCGAAAGUAUUUUAGAUCCAGUAGCUCAACAGGUUUCGCGAUUAGUGAUCUUACAUGAAGAAGCGGAAGAUGGGAAUGCAAUGCCGGAUCUUAGUCGUCCAGUCCAAGCAGUAUCAUUGGCUGUUACAAAUUUAGUUAAAGUUGGAAAAGAGACUAUAAAUAGUUCUGAUGACAAAAUUCUUAAGCAAGAUAUGCCCACAUCGCUUGUUCGCGUUGAAAAUGCAUCACAAUUACUUGAAGAGGCAUCUGGCAUGCUUAGAUCUGAUCCAUAUUCUGGACCAGCACGAAAAAAAUUAAUUGAAGGUAGUCGUGGCAUAUUGCAGGGAACAUCGUCUUUACUUUUAUGUUUCGAUGAAUCCGAAGUAAGAAAAAUUAUUGCCGAAUGUAAAAGAGUUUUAGAUUAUUUGGCAAUAGCUGAAGUCAUUGAUACUAUGGAAGAUUUAAUACAAUUUUUAAAAGAUUUAAGUCCUUGUUUGAGUAAAGUAUCAAGGGAAGUAUCAGCGCGUGAAAAAGAAUUGACACAUCAAGUUCAUAGUGAAAUAUUGGUACGAUGCUUAGAACAAGUAAAAAUUCUUGCACCAAUUUUAAUAUGUAGCAUGAAGGUUUAUAUUCACAUAAUGGAACAAGGUGGUAAAGGUGCUGAAGAAGCAGCUGAAAAUCGUAAUUAUUUGGCACACCGAAUGACCGAUGAAAUACAAGAAAUUAUUCGUGUAUUGCAAUUAACAACAUAUGAUGAAGACACAAGUGAACUAGAUAAUUUAACCGUUCUGAAAAAAUUAAUGAAUGCUAUUAGAAAUAAAAUGGAGGCCGCUUUUGACUGGUUAGGCAAUCCAUAUGCAUUAAGAGGUGGUGUUGGUGAAAAAGCUUUAAGGCAAAUCAUUGAAAAUGCACAUCGUGUGGCUGAUAGAUGCUUACCGCAAAAUGGUGCUACAAUUCAUAAAUUAGCUGAUGAUAUUUCAACGAUGACAAAUGCACUAUGUGAAUUGAGGCAGGAUAGUAAAGGUCAUUCACCACAAGCAGAAACUUUGGCACGUGAAAUUCGCGAGCGUUUGGGUAAUCUCGAGCAUGUUAUUCAAAAUGCGGUUGCUGGAGUUGAUAAAGCAGGGUUACAACAAACUGCGCAUACAGUGCGUGGACGUUUAGAACAAGCAUGCCGUUGGUUGGCAAAUCCAAAUGUUGAUGAUAAAGGACUGGGUCAACGUGCCAUAGCUCUAAUUGUUGAUGAGGGACGUAAAGUUGCCGAAGGAGUUCCUGGACACCAAAAAGCAGAAAUCUUAGAUCUUUGCGAUGAGGUUGAAAGUUUAUCAAAUCGUUUGGGUAAAUUAUGUGCAGCUGGUUUAGGAAAUUCACCGGAAGCCCAAGAAAUAUCUAGAAAACUAAAUCAAAAGUUGCAUGAAUUAAAAGAAAAAAUUCAGAAUGCAUUAGUCAAUCGGGUCGUGGAAGACUUUAUGGAUGUUUCAACGCCUUUGAAACAAUUCACAGAUGCAGUCAACGUACCAGAGGGUACUCCAGGAAGGGACCAAAAUUUCGGCCACAAAGCUAAUAAUUUACAAGCAUUCAGCGACCGUGCUUCAAAAACAAGUCGAAUGGUUGCUGCUGGUGGUGCUUGUGGUAACAAAAAGAUAGCUGAAGUUUUACUUUCUUCUGCAACGCAAGUAGACAGUUUGACUCCACAAUUAAUAAACGCCGGACGCAUCAAAAUGAAUUAUCCUGAAAGUAAAGCUGCUGACGAACAUUUCAAUAAUUUAAAACAACAAUAUGCUGAUACCGUAUUGCGUAUGAGAACACUUUGUGACCAAGCGACAGAUCCAGCCGACUUUAUUAAAAUUUCAGAAGAGCAAAUGAAAAAAUAUACGGUCUUAUGUGAAGAUGCCAUUGCUAACAAGCAACCUCAAAAAAUGGUUGAUAACACGUCAAAUAUAGCUAGAUUAGUAAACAGGGUUCUAUUGGUUGCCAAACAAGAAGCAGAUAAUUCCGAAGAUCCUCAUUUCACUGCUAAACUUAAUGCUGCUGCCAACAGACUGGAAAGAGCCUUACCUGCAAUGGUACAAAACGCAAAACUAGUUGCUACCAAUAUCAAUGAUCCAAAUGCAGCUCACGCUUGGAGAGAGUCUAACAAAGAUUUAUUGAACGCCGUUCGAGAUGUACGCGGUGCCAUUACUCAUACACCAGAUAUUCCACAACCGCCAAAUUUGGAGUCUUUGCAUAUAUCUAAUGUUGACCGUGCUCCACCUAGACCUCCACUUCCAAGGGAACAAGCUCCAUCUGUUCCAAUAAGGCCACCACCCCCAGAAACAGAUGAUGAAGAUGAUCGUGUUUUCCAUGCUAUGCCACACGCGAAUCAACCAAUACUGCAAGCAGCUCGUGGAUUGCAUCAAGAAGUUAGACAAUGGUCAUCAAAGGAUAACGAAAUUAUUGCGGCAGCAAAACGCAUGGCUGUUUUAAUGGCUAGACUGUCAGAACUUGUACGGGCAGACUCUAAAGGUAGCAAGCGUGAAUUAAUUGCAACUGCAAAACAAAUUGCUGAAGCAUCCGAAGAUGUAACCCGUUUAGCUAAGGAACUCGCUAGACAAUGCACUGAUAGACGAAUACGUACAAAUCUUUUGCAAGUUUGUGAGAGAAUCCCAACAAUUGGUACACAAUUAAAAAUUUUAUCCACUGUCAAAGCUACAAUGCUUGGUGCACAAGGUUCUGAAGAAGACCGCGAAGCAACAGAAAUGUUAGUUGGAAACGCCCAAAAUCUCAUGCAAAGCGUCAAAGAAACUGUUCGUGCUGCAGAAGGUGCUAGCAUUAAAAUUCGUUCAGACCAAAUAAAUCAAAGGUUAAGAUGGAUUAGACGUCCAGCUUGGUAUCAAUAUUAAAGCAAGCAAAACUGUAAUUUAAGUACAAAAAAAUUUAAUUCAUUUUUGCAUAUAAUGUUAAAUAGAAAGGAAAAUAAAUACAUACAUAUUAUGUACAUACUUAUAUAUGUACAUAUGUAUGUACAUAUAAUAAACAUAUACAUAUGUUUAUCCCACGUCAACUACAAAAAGUGCAAAUAACCUAUAACUAACAGAAAUUUGUAAACGCUUCCAGUUGCUUACUACCUU